AUGCGCCAGAGGUGUGCUGCGCAGGAGUCACCCCUCGACGUUGUCGGCAGCGGCGGCGCCGCGGCGCUGGUGCAGCUGCAGGACUUACAGGAGGCGGCAGCAAACCUGCUAGUGGGGCCAUCGGCGCUGCGCCGCAAGGUGCUGUCAGAGCAGACGACACAGGUCGAUGACGGAGCGGGCGGCCGUACGCUGUUGAUCAGGCGGGAGGUAUUGGCCAAGGAAGUGGCGCUGCUCGUGCCGGCAUGGGACGGGUGCGCGCCCCUCUACAAGCAGCGCUUGUUGCAG